AUGGAAGCCCUACUUUCUCUCGCAUUCGAUAACCUCUCUUCCUACGACGGCCCCAAGAUUCGCAAGGGCCUACGCCAAGUCGAGGGCCUGCUGGCCCAGAUCUGUCUCUCGCGCCCCGAUGACGAGCACGAAAACGGCUUGGAUGGCAACGAGGCCUCGUCACCUUCCACCCCACGCAAGAAGAAUCUCUCAGAGCUCUCUGCCGAUCCCGCCUUCCGCGAGUUCUUCAAGCUCCAAGAGGGCUUUGAGUGGAACGUCACCAUGCGCCUCAUCAGCACCCUGGAUAGACUCAUGGGACGCGGGAACUCUGCUUCUCCACCCCCUAGCAAGGCGCUCUUCUCGAGGGAGCAGAAUAUGAACCUACUACUUGAUCUCUUGGAACCGAUCAACUGCCCGGCCAUCCAAUCCGCCACCCUUCUCGUCCUCGUCGCCUCUCUCAUCGACACGCCCCGAAACACGCGUACGUUUGAGGCCCUCGACGGACUUCUCACGAUUACUUCCCUCUUCAAAUCCCGCUCCACCCCGCGCGAGGUCAAGCUGAAGCUUGUCGAAUUCCUCUACUUCUACCUCAUGCCCGAGGUACCUUCCAUUCCCAAGGCCGACGCUCGGGGCUCCGUCCCUGCCAUCAAGCAGACCUCCGACCUAGACAACACCCUGACGACCGAGGAGAAGCAGCAUAUGCUCGGCCAGCACCUCAGCAGCGUCGAAGACCUCGUCAAGGACCUUAGGGUGUGCACGCCGUUUGGGGGCGUCGUCAGCUAA